UCGUGCCGCCAAGCUCAUUUCCAGUCCGUGUGCACGCGGAAGCUGUGGGGUCGACUGGUUGCAGGUAGACCGCGAAUAUUUGGGGCCCGUGUGAAUUAUGCGCGGUCGAUCGCGGUGAAGGAGACGCCGAAUUGCCACAGCUGACAGACCGGACCGGUCACGUAGCGUGCGACAGCCUGUAAAUCACCGUCGCAAAUGCUUUUAUAUGCGGGGUCGCCAUUUUGGUGAUACGGCGAGCCGACGAUUCGAGCAAAGUGUAGCCCUAUGAUCUUUUUAUUUUCCUUUUGUGCACGGUUCAUCCGCGGAAUCCUCCUCAGCCGAUUGACGGCCCAAUAACGCCGGACAUGACACAGCAAAAUAAAACGAUGAACUUCGUAAUACAAGACGCUCAUGGACACCCACAAAUGAUAAAAGUAGUGCAAAGUACACCUAAUAAAGUAUUAAGUGGUAUUGUUAGCACAACAAAUACAGGUGGCCUUAAAGUGUUUAAAGCUCCUAAUCAAGAAUCACAGGUUUUGCCAUCGAAUGCGCAAGUUCUUAGGACUAUCAGUCUACAAAGUCCAUCUACACUUGGUCAGAGAUUAGUAACAAUACCUUUGCAAAAUACUAAAGUGGCAACAUCAAAAGCAGGGGAGCCAGUGAUGACCAAGACUAUACAGCUGACCUCUGCACAAAUGAACGACAUAAAGCAGGUUAUUGUACAACAGCAGCAGCAACAACAACAGCAACAGCAGCAGCAGCAGCAGCAACAACAACAACAAUCUAAUACAUCUCAAAUCAUUAAAGAUGCUUCUGGAAAAACAUUUAUCAGCCCGAUUUUAGAUCAUACUGGAUCCAGGAAAAGGCAGGACGUUGAAAGUGGCGAUUUUCUGCCCGAUAAACGAAGAAAAACGGAAAAGGUUGGUAAAGGACUGAGACAUUUCUCAAUGAAGGUCUGCGAGAAAGUAAAGAAGAAAGGCACUACUUCUUAUAAUGAGGUAGCAGACGAGUUGGUCGGUGAAUUCACUAAUCCCGCUCAUAUAAAUUCUUUAACAGAUCAGCAAUAUGAUCAGAAAAAUAUCAGAAGACGCGUGUACGAUGCUCUAAACGUCUUAAUGGCGAUGAAUAUCAUUUCCAAAGAGAAAAAAGAGAUUAGGUGGCUUGGAUUGCCAACUAAUUCAUUGCAGGAAUGUGUAGCAUUAGAGAAAGAUAAGAAGAAGAAGAUCGAGAGAAUCAAGGCUAAAACACAGCAGUUGCAUCAGCUUAUCUUGUCUCACAUUUCUUUUAAGAACUUAGUCGAGCGCAAUCGGUUAAACGAGAAUCUUCGCGGGCCACCGAAGCCCAAUUCUGCCAUACAGCUGCCAUUCCUCAUUGUGAAUACCAGUAAAAAGACUGUCAUAGAUUGCAGCAUUUCAAAUGACAAAACUGAGUACCUGUUUAAUUUUAAUGAUAAGUUUGAGAUUCAUGACGAUAUCGAGGUUCUAAAACAAAUGGGUCUAGCUUUUGGACUAGAAAAAGGAGAAUGCACUGAGGAAAAUUUACGAAAGGCAAAGUUAAUGGUUCCAAAAUCAUUGGAGAAAUAUGUGGAACAAUUGGCAACAGGGGACUUAGAAAAGUUUAUUCCAGUAACUAUCCCCGGUCCAAGUACAUCGAUGGAGGAUCUAGAUAUAAAAUUGGAGGGCUCACGGCCACCUUCGUCAUCGCAUACUUCAUUGUCGGAGGAUCCCUUAUCUCCACCCUCCCAGUACUAUUCAGAAGAAGAGGACGAAGAGGAUGACAGCGAUCAGGAUGAUCAAGCUGACAGUGAUCUUGAAGUUAACUAGCACCCCGAAUAACUCUUCACAGGCUAGACUCAGGGAUACUCGCCACUGUCACCAGCGAUGUCAACGUUAAUAAUAUCGCCGCUGUUGCCAACUGUUGUCUUUACCCCGGUCGCCAAUUUCUAACAUACAUCGAGCAAGGAUACGAGGUCUUAUCGUGAGCUGAAAGUAAAUCUAUUGAAUGAGAAUGAUGAUGAGAAUGGGAAAAACGGUGUUGAUUGGGGCCAAGGAGAAGAAGUAGCACUUAAUUGGGCCGAGUGAAUGGGCAAGUUUAAGCGGCUCUUUUUUCGUAUCAAGCAAAAUAGUUCGAUGCACGUGCGGGCGUGGAGUGAUUACAGAGUAAACAAAUGCAGAAUGACUGAAAUAAUGGGGUGCUAUAUUUUAAUUGUGCAUCGUCAUGCAAGUUUAUAUGACUAGCGUCUAUGUAUUAUAAAUUAUAAUCUUACAGUAUCAAUAUUAUUAUAUUAUGUGUACAAGACAUAUUGACCAGUACUCAUUUUCUUAUGGCACGUUUAUAAUAAUUGUCUGUGGUACGCAGUAAAAGACGUAUGAUAGAUGCAGCCACACAUCUGACUCAAAUUAAAAAAAUACAAAUAAAUUGUAAUAAUGUUAUAA